GUUUACCGGAGAGCGUUUCGUAAGACGUUAAAAGGUGCAGGAGUGUAUUAUUAUAAGCAGGAAUCGUAAGCAUUCACUCAAAGGGGAAUUAGCUCAAAUGGUAGAGCGCUCGCUUAGCAUGCGAGAGGUAGCGGGAUCGAUGCCCGCAUUCUCCAAUCCCAACUUCCCCUGGCGUGCAUAUAUGGUGAAGUAAACAUGGCAACUGACGUGAGUGUUUCUAAAAACGGCUCCGGGUGACAGUCACAGGUCUGUGUGUGGGGUCAGAAACACAGAGUGAGGAAACCACGCCACCAUUCACAGUGUGAUCACUUAGAGUCACUGUGCUGAAAAGAUCACAGUUUAUAGAUUACUUCUGAUCUUUUAUUUAUUUAUUAUUGUUUUUUUGUUUUUGUUUUUUACCAUGGACAUUUUGGAGAAGCAGCUGAUUUGUCCAAUUUGCUUGGAAAUCUUUACAAAACCUGUAGUGAUUCUGCCAUGCCAACACAACCUCUGUCGGAAAUGUGCAAAUGACAUAUUCCAGGCAUCAAAUCCAUACCUUUCCACCAGAGGAGGAUCAGUGAGUUCAGGCGGCCGUUUCAGAUGCCCAUCCUGCAGGCACGAGGUUGUUCUAGACCGCCAUGGGGUCUAUGGACUGCAGAGGAAUCUUUUGGUGGAAAACAUCAUUGAUAUGUACAAGCAGGAGUCCACCAGCAGCAGGCCUACUCCAGAGAGGAGAGAUGACCAGCCCGUGUGUGAGGUGCAUGAGGAUGAGAAGAUCAACAUCUACUGCUUGACCUGCAGCAUCCCUACCUGCUCCAUGUGCAAGGUGUUCGGCUCUCACCAGGACUGUGAAGUGGCACCUCUCACAAGUGUAUAUCAAGUUCAGAAGACAGAGCUGACAGACAGCAUAGCAAUGAUGGUGGGCAACAACGACAGGAUCCAAGGCAUCAUUUGUCAGUUGGAGGAGACCUGCCGGGCCAUAGAGGAGAAUGGCGGGAGGCAAAAGUCGCAGGUGUGUGAGAAGUUUGACCAUCUCUAUGCCAUCUUGGAGGACAGAAAAAGCGAGAUGAGUCUCAAAGUGACAGCCAUGCAGGAGGAGAAGCUGAACUACAUCCGUGGACUCAAGAGGAAGUACGAAGAUCACCUGGAGAGCGCGACUAAGAUUGUGGAGUUGGGGAUCCAAACGAUGGAGGAACCAGAGAUGGCUGUUUUCUUACAGACUGCAAAACCUUUGUUACAAAAGCCAAGGAUGGGCGAAGCAACAAAUACAUCCCACUUGGAAAAAGUGGAACAUGGCUACGAGAACAUGGACUAUUACUCUGUUGACUUCAAGAAAGAACGUGGAGCUCUAAGUUCUAUAAACUUCAUCACAGAUGAGGAUGAGGAAGAGGAAGAUAGAGAUGUAGCGGGAGCAGAGACGGACGACCAUAAAGAACAAGCUACUUCAGGAGGAGCAAAUACACUGUUGCUGAGCAGCCAACCUGCUCCACUUCCUCUGCCUCCAAAUCUUGUCAAAAACACCAGCUCAUAGCUCUUCAACUUCAGAAUUUAUCACAGUUUACGAAUCUCAGUUUGUAUGGAAAGUAACAAAAGCUACUGUAAGUCGAUGAUUAGGGGUGGGGUUAACGUUUGUCUUCUUUUUUUUUUACGUAUUCAAUCCACUUCGCUAGUACAGAUACAUCCAUCAAAAGCUUGAUGCUGUGUCGUAUUGUGUUCAGGCACCUAUAACCUAAUGAUUUAUGGAUAGUGAUUAAGCUUAAAAUAUGCAGAAGUGACAACAUCUAUGGCCAUAGCAUCGACAAUGUUUUUGUAGAUUGUUGCUACGGUGAUACAGGAGCAAACUACCUUUAAAAGAAUACAGUCAGAAUAAAUGUGAAUAAAAUGCAUCCAAGACAAAAGACAAUUCACUGAAGGGGAAAGGACACAGGAUGCGAAAGACAUGAAUUGCUUGAGCGCCGAUUUUAUCUUGAUGAACUUAAUCAGUGAAUUCACAAGCUUUGGUCUUGUGAGCCAAUCAAAAAUAAGAAAGCAGGACAGUGGAUGAGCCUCUUAUUAUUGACUGGCUCUAACACUGGAUUUACCUGGGGGCUUUUUUUUAUUUCCUGUUAGCACUUCUGAAAAUAGUAUGCUUCACAAAUAGCUGAUUUCCUGCUUUUUUAUUAACUGAAAAGUUUAAUAAAUCUUAGUGAUUUGGGAAAGCUCAUAUAA